CUGUCUCUUUCUUCUUCUCGUAGUGGUCGUGUGGUAUUCUUUGUUUCAUCUCCAUGAGAAUAAGAAAAAAUGCAAAACUCUCAGCAGCACUUCUCAACACUACUCAAAACACAACAACCAGCUCCUCCUUAACAACAACAAACAAUGAAUCAUCAUCAUUAUCAUCAUCAUCAUGCUGUCUGAUUCCAAACAAUAACAUUUGCCAGCUCAAUCAAUCUCCAUGGGAUAUCAUUACUCCUUCAUUUCAGUUGGAUGAUUAUAUCGUUAAUUAUAACGUUAACAUUGCUCAAAAUAGAAGAUGGUUUGAUUUUAUUUCAGAUUUUCAGAGUGGGGAUUCUUUGAAUACCUUGGGGUUUGGUGAAAAUGAUAAUAAUAACGAUAGAGAUGACGGUUUAGGUGAAAACGCUAAUAAUCUUAGUUGUAUAAAGAAUGAUUGUGAAACUGAUGAGGAAGAGAUUAAGUUGGAAGGAGAUGGUCUUGAAGAAAUGAAGUUAUGUGGUGAAACCGACGAGCAAGGAUGGCAAUGUGGGAGUGUGGUGCAAAACGGGUAUACUAUGUGCGAAUAUCAUCUUUCUGGGCUCCAAACCUAUGAGGUUUGGAAUGCUAAGAAAAAGUUUGGCGGGUCUCGGCCCAUGCCCGGAUGUCGGUCCCGUCGGGCCAAGAAAAGGCCCAACACAAACAACCCGCAUGACUACUACUAUUAUUCGGGGUUUGGUCCAUCUUGGGGCAAGAAAAGAGGAAUCAUGGGUACAGAUUUAGAUGGCAUUGAUGAUGGUGAUGUGGAUGUUGAGGAACAAAAGGGAAAACGAUUUGAACCCGAAAUGAGGCCAGUAGGAUUAGAUUAUAUAGAUGACGACGACGAUGAGUAUAGCAACGAUGAUGACGAAAUUGGAAUUUUGAGGAGAAAAAGAGAAAGGAAGCCAGUCAAAGAAAGAUCAUUGAAAUCUUUGAUGUGAUCAAAUGUUUGUAAUGAAUGGGUUUGGAUAAUGUACUUUUGGUUUUGUUGUAUGUUGGAUUAGCUAGCUAGCUACCUGAGUUUUAGUUUAAUUUUUUUAUUCUAUCAUUAUGAAAUAAUAUCUUGAAUUGUUGAUUCUUUUAUAGUCUAGUUAUUUUGCAAACCUUCAAAACUUGACA